AACAACCAUUGCCCAUAUAUCCAAAUACAGCCCACAAGUUCCACAUUAAUCAGAUAGCAGAAAUGGCAGUUUCUUCACUAUCCUUUACAUUACCUAAGCUUCAAACCUUCACUCCAAAACCCACCAUUGCAGCAACUUUUAAGGCUUCUUCUUCACAUGAAUCAACUCCUUUUAUCAACCAGAAGCAAAUUUUCCAAAUGGGUGUUGGAAUUUUGGCUGCUUCAAUAGUGGCUUCAGCACCUUUAAAUGCUGAUGCUACCAGAAUUGAAUACUAUGCCACUACUGCUGAACCCACUUGUGAGUUCAAUUUUGUCCGCUCUGGACUUGGGUAUUGUGACAUUGCUGUUGGGUCUGGUGAAGAGGCUCCAUAUAAUAAGCUCGUUAACAUUCACUAUACUGCAAGGUUUGCGGAUGGUAUAGUUUUUGACAGCAGCUAUAAACGUGGUCGAGCCCUUACCAUGCGCCUCGGCAUGGGCAAGGUGAUCAAGGGAUUAGAUCAGGGAAUCUUAGGAGGUGAAGGGGUACCACCAAUGCUAGUUGGUGGCAAACGUAAGCUUCAGAUUCCUCCACAUUUGGCAUAUGGACCAGAACCAGCAGGCUGCUUUUCAGGAGACUGCAACAUUCCUGGAAAUGCAACACUUGUAUAUGACAUCAAAUUCGUUGAAUUAUACUCGGGAAACAGGAAAAUGUGAUAUGAUGGGAAAUCUGAAGCUCAAGCACAACUAGAAUCAUGGUGACUAGUUUGCCUACAAUGAUAAUAGCGAUAAAAAUGUGGAGUGAUUUUAGCUGGCAUUCUGAGGUAAAGUACUGCCAAAUUUUCUGUGACAUUCCAAUUACUCCAUUUCAGAUAUGAAUCCAUGCAAUGAUUUUUAUAUUGGUUCUGGUAAUGUUUCAAGAAUUCUCCCUCGCUAAUAUGGUCAAUAGAAUUAUGAAGUGUUUGUCAAAAGCUGUUCCACAGUGUCUUUUUCCCCAUUAUUCAUGUAGGGCUUUGUGCUGUGGUGCUAAAAGUUCCUUUCUGGAUAGAGAUAUUUGAUUUUCUAACUUUUGGCACCAUAAUUGGCUAGAUCAAGGCAGCAUGUGAGGAAAAUAUAUACCGGUAAAGCAACCGUAUCCAUAUCCUACCUACUGUCCGGAACAUUAAUUUUCAUUUGAAUGGCAUAGCAAGUACUUAUCCUUCUGUGUGUUUCCUCUCAUUUGGCAUGAUAUAUAUGUUUUGAGCUACUUGAAAUCUGUGGGAUUAUAGGGUAAGAAGUUUCAAUAUCCUAUAGGUUGCAUAACUAAUACUUGAAGAUCUUAUGCAGAAAAUAUUGACUUCUCAUUUCUUCAAUGAUGUUGGGGUUUGUUUAAUAUACUGACAUAUUGUUGA